AUGGCAACAGCAUCAACAACAACAGUAUAUGGAGGUGAUGAAAUCAAUGCUAUAGUUCUUGAUCCAGGCUCUUAUACUACAAGAAUAGGAUAUGCUGGUGAUGAUUUCCCUAAAGUAAUCACAUCAUCAUAUUAUGGACAAGUGAAGAAUGACAAGAAAAAAAUCUUUGGUGAAUCAAUUAAUGUUCCAAGAGCCAAUUAUGACAUUAAACCAAUAUUAAAAGAAUCUAUUAUAGUUGAUUGGGAUGCAGCCAUUGAACAAUAUCAAUAUUAUUUUGAUCAACAAUUAAAAGUUGUGGGGCCAGAACAACCGAUUUUAAUAACUGAACCAAUAUGGACAGAAACUUCAUAUCGUCAACAAUUGGUGGAAACUUUUUUCGAAAAUUUUGAAUUUAGUGGGAUAUAUUUAGCUAAAUCACCUACAUGUGUUUCAUUUCAACAAGGUAGAUCGAAUUGUUUAGUUGUUGAUUUAGGUCAUGAUUCUGUACUGGUAACUCCAGUGAUUGAUGGGAUUUGUUUAUUGAAAAGUUCAAUGAAAACUAAUUAUGGGGGGAAAUUUUUAUCUAAUGAAAUUCAAGAUUAUCUUAUUGAUACUAAAAAAGUUGUUAUGGAACCAAGUUUUAAAAUUAAAUCAAAAAUUCCAACUACUUAUCCUGAUCCACCAAAAUAUGAACUCAAAAAUAAUAAUACUAUACCCACAUCAUCAUCAUCAUCACUAUCACAAUCAUUUCUUGAAUUUCAAAAUGAAAAAAUAUAUCAUAAUUUUAAAGAAAUUUUAGAAGUUCCAGAAAAGAAUAGUAGUAGUGGCACUACUACCACCACCACCACCACCAAUAAAGAUUCAUCUAGAUUAUUUGAAUUGCCUACUGGUCAAUCUAUUGUUAUCGAUAGAUUUAAAAUUGCUGAAUCAAUUUUUGAUCCAACAAUUUAUAAAUUCACCAAUUCAAAAUUAUCAUUCCCACCCAAUAAUGGAGAAAUCUCAAUUACUCAAGCUAAUGAAUAUCGCCCUCUUAAAAGAGUUCGUAAAAAUGAUGAUGAAGAAGAAGAUUCUAAUCAAUCUACUCCAAAACCAGAAGUUAAUAUUAGAGGUAUAUCACAAUUAAUUUCUCAUACAUUAUCAAAUAUCGAUAUAGAUUUACGUGCAUCAUUAGCUAAUAAUAUUAUUGUUACUGGUGGUGUAUCACUUAUUUCUCAAUUAACAGAAAGACUUUAUCUUGAAUUAUCAAAUAAUAAUCCAGGAUUGAAAAUUAGAUUACAUGCUGUGGGGAAUUCAACAGAAAGAAUCAAUCAAGCAUGGAUUGGUGGGAGUGUAUUGGCUUCAUUAGGAACAUUCCAUCAAAUGUGGGUGACAAAAGAAGAAUAUAAUGAAGUUGGUGUCGAUAGAAUAUUAAAUCAAAGAUUUAGAUAA